UUAAGUUUUGCAUGGAUAUUUUACUUUUGCACAUUACUGUAAAUCAUAUUGGAGUUAUGAAAAAGUUAAGAGUGCUUGAAAGUUUGUUUUUAUGGUACUGUGCUGAGCUGAAAUAUUGACUAAAUGUUGCGGUGGAAAAUACUAGUUGUCUGUAAUUACACACUGUUAGAUAAACAGAUAAAAUGACAACUGCUUUACUGGCAAAGCCUAUAACAUGGUAUAAUAACGUCGCUGGAUUUUUGCUUGUCAAAAUGCUUUCCUCAUAAUAAAAUUAUUACUGUUGGCGUGUGACAUCCGAAAAUUUAUAAAAGGUGUUAAAUUGUAUGAAUACUUAGGUAACUCAUGUGGAUCAUUCAAUGUUGAAACAAUUUUACAUUACUGUAUUGUGGCGUAGCUCGGAAAAGACAUAAUUCAAAGAGAAACUGAGUGAUUUAUUUCACCGUUAUGGUUGAAUUUAUCUGUGUAAUGAAUAAAUACCAACUCGGCAAUUAAAAUAUAUUAAUAUUCAUGAUGUGGUGUGAUUACGGAAAUUAUCUUUUGAUGAAACUGCUAUUUAUAUUGAUUUAAUAAUUUUGCUUGAAGCAUAACGAAACAACGCAAACAGAACUGUAGAUGAAACAUUUUACAACUAGCACCAUCAAGGGAAUUAGAAUGAACACAAAAUGGCUUUAAUUCAUACCUAGCUUAAAAAUUUACUUUAAACAAAAAUGGAGGAAGUUGGUUUUAAAGAGGAAAAUGAUAUGAAAACUAAGGAGAUUGAAGCACAAGUUGAACAAACAGUUGAAGUUGAUCCAGCGUCUGGAAAACAAGAGGUUACAGUUGCGUGUUUGGAAUCAAAGAAUGUUCUUAUUUCAUCAUCAGUUCAUGUGCAGCAGGUUGAAAGAGUGUCUGAAACUAAAGUCAAAACUGAACACAUGUAUUCAGAAACAGUUACUGUGACAGUUGGUAAUGGAACAGAAAGUGACGCUUAUGCAAGUAGACUACAAAGCUUGCAAGAGAAAACUGAAGUUUCUGAUGACAAUGCUGCAGAAUUCAACAGUGGUCCUGAAGAGUCUAGGCAUGAAGGUGAAGAAGUAGAUGAAGACACUGAAGAACACAAGCUGGUUAAAAAAGAGGUGAAUGUUGAAGAUGUCAGAACAGUAAGUAGCUCUUAUAUUGUAUCCACAUACAGGCAUAUGUCAAAAGAUUUUGAUAUUGAAACAAGCCUUGACAAUUUGGAAUAUGCUGUGGCAGGUCAUAAUGAUGAUGAAUGCUUCACAGAAAAACAGAUACAAACAGUUGCAUGUGAGGCUACAAGUCUUGAUUUGCCACCAGAAUAUACAGAAACCAGUUCAGAAACAGCAGAUUAUAAAACAAGAUCUGAUUCAGAUUGUAAAAGAUUUGCCAAAAAGCAAGAAAGUUGGAUUAUUGAUUCAUACAAAACCAGCUGGCAGAUAGAAGAACAUCAAAAUUCAUUAGAGUUUCAAAAUUUUGAUUUUAUCAAUGUUCAACUUGUGCCAAAAACAUCAACUCAAAAUGAGGAACGUAUAAAGGAAAAGCAGGAGCAAACAGCUGACAAUCAGCAAAAAGAAGAGCCGAUUUCAGACUCAAAAAAGAAAGUACAUGAAAAGCUAAUAAGUGAGGAAUAUAAAACUAACUGGACAACAGAAGAUGUUGAAAUAGGACAGAAUAACACACAAAGUGAUGCAAUUGAAACUCUCCCAAAAGAGGAAACCCUUAUAUCAUUUGCUUUGGGAACUAUUUGGAAGACUGGAGAAAAUACAUCAAAAAUUGUGGAUGACAAAAGUAAAGGAACUAAAAUCAGUUCUUGUGGAGGAAUUGAUGAUGAAAAGAAAGUGGUAGUUGAAACUGCAGAAGAAGGAAAGAAGACAGCUGAACUUAGUGAUGAUAAAACUCAGGUAGACGAUAGACAGGUAACACAAAACAUUGUUGAAAAUAGAAAAUUGAUGUCCAAUUCUGAUUCUAAGAGGAUCACCAUGAAGCAGGAAAAACUGAUAAUUGAUUCAUACAAAGCUAAUUGGAAAACAUCAGAAAACAACCAAAAUGACGUUGAACAGAAAAAGGCAGUCCUGGUUUUAACAGAUCCUUGUGUCAAACCAGAUAAAAUUAUAUCAGAUGCUUACAGAACUCACUGGGAGGAACAAGAGAAAGAGGUAGAAAAUAAUGAGGAUAUGAAAGAAGAAGAUGAAGUUGUAGCAUCUUUUGACAAAAUCAUUAUGUUAAGUCCAAGAAGUGAAAAACUAAUCAAGAAACCUAUCAAUACUGGUGUAGAUGUUUGUUAUUCGGGCAAUCUUCAAGCAGAAGAUCUGUAUGAAACCUCACCCUCAUUUUCAUCUGGUGAUGAAACAAGUAGUGAUGAAGAAAAUAGCAUCAAAGAGCAGAACAACAAAUUAGAAGACAUGUUUGAAAUGAAAGAAGAAGAUGAAGUUGUCACAUCUUUUGACAAAAUCAUUAUGUUAAGUCCAAGAAGUGAAGAACCAAUCAAGAAACCUAUCAAUAUUGGUGUAGAUGUUAGUUAUUCGGGCAAUCUUAAAGCAGAAGAUCUGUAUGAAACCUCACCCUCAUUUUCAUCUGGUGAUGAAACAAGUAGUGAUGAAGAAAACAGCAUCAAAGUGCAGGACAACAAAUUAGAAGACAUGUUUGAAAUGGAAAUAGCCAAAGCUGUUACAAUUGAUUCUGUUGGAAAUGAACGAGAGAGUACAGUUGAUACUGUUAAAAAUGAUAGUUUCGUGGAUAGUAAUGAAGCCACAGAUAUAACUGAAGUACAAGAAAAAGAACAAAGCCCAACCAAGUAUAGUACCAUCUGUGUGGACAACAUCAUUGAAAAAAGAGUGGAUUUUGUUAUUGAAAAAACUGAUACCAUGAAACAAGAAACCACUCAAGGAAAAUACAAAGCAAGUUACAGAGACAGUGAUAUCUUGGAAACAAAUUUAGAUGAAGUUGAAGACCACGAAAACACAAAAGACUUGUUAGAUUCAUCAUUAGGAACAUCUUCAGAUGAUACAAGUGAACAAGAUUCUGAAGAUGAAAUGAACGAGUCAGACUUGGAAGAUAUGUUUGAGAAGAAUAUUGGAGAAAGCAAAAUAGAGUUGUCAGGGGAACAGAACUUGCUUGAACAACUGGAUGGAUGUGAUGAAUUUUUUCCAAAUAAACCUGAUCUAAAAGAGUCCAGCUCUAAGAAAGCUGUAUAUCUCAAGAAAUCAGGAGAAUGUUUUUCAAGUACAAGUAGUUCAGAAGAUGAAGUGAUAAUAAGUACAAAGCAAGAAGCAAAUGCACUGUCUAGUAGUUAUGCCAAGGAACAGGAGGUUAAAUCUAAAGAGAAAUACAGAAAACGAGACACAGAUUUGAUGAAUAAUAACUACACCGAGGAAGAAAUGGAAAAAUCUAAAGCAGUUGAUGGGAAGUUCACUGAACCAAAACUGCUUGUAAAAAGGGUGGAAUCUGUUAGGCUAAAGAAAUACAACGGAGAUGUGGGUAUCUCCAAACAAACAAUGACUGAUGACCAAGAAAAGAAUGUAACACACUCCUCUAAAAGUGUGAUAGUUAAGUCAACUGUUUUUGAACAUAGCGUUAUGGUGGUGGGAAACACGGAAGCAGAGGUUAAGGAUAAGGGUAAAGAAAACCUAGAAGGAGAAUUUAGUGUUCAAGAGGAUUUAAACAAGUUUGAACAAAUCAAUUUUGAACGUGAGCUGGAUGCAGAUAUGAAUAAAACUGUUAUAAAGCAAGAGCCAGAAGAAAGGAAAGGAAAGUUUGUGAAAAUAAGAGAAGCUCAUGUAUACAAGGGUGAAACAGAUGUUGAUUUUAAUGUUGUUAACACCAAGUAUAGAGUUGAUAUUGAAAGUAAGGAAGAAAAGGCGGAUUCCAGCAAUGGAUAUGAUGAGAAUCAAAACUUUAAUGAAAACAAACAAGAUCAUGUAUAUGAGAAUAUUGAUUCAUUUCGGGAAAAGAACAAAGACACAGUUAGAGAGACAAAUGAGACCAGCAAAGUUGAAUCUAUUGUAGUUGUUCAUGACCUCCCUAGGAUUAAGGAAGAAGUCCUUGAAGAGGAAAUGUUCGGAAAAGUAGAUGCUGAACAUGAAAGGAGUUGGGAGUCCACAAAGUAUAGAGAUGGUGAAAUGAGUCCAGAAACCAACUAUUUUGAGAUUGACAGAAAGCUGAUGAGUGUAGGUGCUCAUGUUGAAGUGACACAGGAGAGAGACAAGAAGAUUAAUGACAUUCAUUGGAAGUUACUGGAAGUGAAACAGCAAAGUAAAAUUGAUGAGAAUUCACCAAGUCAGAAUUCUAAGUUACAUGUAGAGGCCAUUUGUCUGGAAGAGAGACAGCAGAAUGAAAAAAGUUCAUUCAAAGAACAGAUUUUUGUUCAAAAGACUGUUGAACCGGACUAUGCAGUUGUUGAUAAAGCAAAAGACAAAUCAGAGAGCAAGACAAAAAAUGAACUUGAAACAAAAGAGAUAUCUAUAAAUAGACCUCAAGGAGGGACAAAUGAAAAGAACACUGAUGAUGAUUUCCUUUUGAGAUUAGAAAAGAACAUUAAGUCUCUUGAACACAGCGAAAGCAGAAAGGAGAAACUGAGAAGCAUUGAAAAUCUUUUCACCAAAGAAACUUGGGAAACCUUUGAAAUCAACAGAGAAGACUACCAAAUAAAACCUAACAAGAUGAACAUUGACAGACAGAGCACUGAUUCAGACCUAAGGCAAACUUCAUUGGAAAAUAGCACUGCUACGUUUGGAUCAAGUACAAUUAGUGGUAAAGACAGAAGUAGUUCGGAAACUAACAUAGAUGCCAUCACUAGAACGAGGUUCAGCACAAAGCGUAGACUGGACAUGUCUGAUGGUGACCUUGUCAGUCAGCGAAGGACGAGAGUACCCUCGGUGUUGGACAGUGUCUGUGGCCUUGACAUUCUACAGGGGUUGUUGGGUGCGGAUAUGUCAAUGGGGGGCCUUGGUGUUUGUCAUCGUUGUGGGGAGGGGUUUGGACAGCACCAGCAGAUUGUCAAUAGCAACGGAGAGGUCUGGCACCCGCAGUGUUUUGUGUGUGCCCAGUGUUUCCAGCCGUUCCCCGAUGGUGUUUUCUACGAGUUUGAAGGCCGGAAGUACUGCGAGCACGACUUUAACGUGCUGUUUGCCCCCUGCUGUAACAAGUGUGGAGAUUUCAUCGUUGGUCGUGUAAUAAAGGCUCUCAACAACAGCUGGCAUCCGGACUGCUUCCGCUGUCAACUGUGUGUCGGACCUCUGGCUGACUCCGGUUUUGUCAAGAACGCUGGCAGAGCCCUAUGCCGCGAGUGCAACGCAAAGGAGAAGGCUCGGGCUAUCGGGAAGUAUGUUUGCCACAAGUGUCACUCCAUCAUUGAGGAAGGCCACAUCAAGUACAAGGGAGAGGCCUUCCAUCCGUACCACUUCAACUGUCACUCAUGCAGUGUUGAGCUGAAUGCGGAUGCUCGUGAAGUGAAUGGCGAGCUGUACUGUCUACGUUGCCACGAUAAGAUGGGCAUCCCGAUAUGUGGAGCUUGCAGGCGUCCCAUCGAGGAGCGUGUGGUCCACGCCCUGGGUAAGGCAUGGCAUGUGGAGCAUUUUGUGUGCGCCAAGUGCGAGAAGCCGUUCUUUGGGACGCGCCACUACGAGAAGAAAGGCCUCGCGUACUGUGAGAUCCACUACCACCAGCUGUUCGGCAACAUCUGUUUUACCUGUAACAGCGUCAUCUCGGGAGAUGUGUUUCAUGCAUUCAACAAGGCUUGGCACGUGAACCACUUUGGAUGCUCCAUAUGUGACCGGAAGAUGAGCCAAAAAACGAAGUUUUUCGAGUUUGAUCUGAAGCCAGUCUGCAAAUUCUGCUACGAAAAGUUCCCUGGUGAACUAAGGAAGCGACUUAAGAAAGCUUACGAUGAACAGAACAAGAAAUAAACGUGCUACGCCACCGCAGCUUUGAUGUCUUUACCGCGAGCAAUAUGCCAGUAGUUUGAAUGUUGGCUUAAACGUUGUUAUAUGCAUGUACAAACUGAUGCAGCUUACAUUGUUUGAAUGUUGAAAUAUCAUAUUUUGUGGGAUUUAUGCCAUAGGUUCAUCUUGUCAAUAAGCAUUCAACAAAAUAUCUUAGAUCAAGAAUUUCAAUAAAAUAUUGUCAUUAUAUAACAUUGCUAUGAUGCUUAAAGAGUCUUUAGUAUGUGUCAAAAUGAACAGUCAAGUUUUGGUCCGAUUUGCUGCUAUUGCUGUUAGAAACCAAUAAUUUGAUGGUUUAAAGAAAAUUAUUUCAUGAAACGAUUGAAUAUUUAUGGAUUAUUAUUAACGUCAUAAAAAGUACUCAUUUUGAUAUGACAUUAUACUUAAGAAUACACUCCCAAUUUUGGAGUUAUGUAAUUUUUAUAUAGUGAUAACGUUGUUUAUCCCCUAAAGAUAUAUUUAGUGUACAAUCGUAACAAUAUCAUAUGUAAUAUUCAACAUAUUUUUUGUUUUAUUUUGAAGAUGCCAUAUAAUAUAUGUGACAGACAUAUAAAUAAGAGUUUUACACAAAAAGAGAAAAGAAAAAUAAUGUAAAUUUGAGGCACUAAUAGACAUUUUGGUUGAAAAAGCUCUUUAACAGUGUAUUUAAAAUCUUAAAAAUUAUUUACAUGAGAAUUUUUAUAUGGAUGUUUAAUUUAGUUCCAGAUAUGUGCCUUGUGCCAUAUUUAAUAUAUUAAUAAGAGGUGAAAAUAUAAUCAUUUUUGCAUGCAACUGUUUAAUUGUUAAGAUUUUUAUACCUUGUAGUAUUUUAAAAGUAUUAUAGGACCAUAAAUGCAUGCUGAAUUUGUUAUUCUCAUACCCUUGGUGUCGAUGGCGACUUUGAUGUCAAAUCUAUAAGCUUGAUUUUAUUCAGUAACCAACAUAGAUCUAUCUUAAGUUUAAGUGAAGAAUCUAAAUGUUUUAAUUGGACUGUAAAAAUAACUGGCCAAUAGAGGGAAUGGAAUCACUGAUGCAUAUCUUAGUAUAAGAAUGAUAUUGAAUAUUGUCUGAUUAGUCAAAACCUGUUCAAGAUAUUUAAAUAAAACUUGGUACACAUGUUGCUAGAGACAAUACACACAUGUAUAGCAUGGCACAUAACUCUGGCUUUAAUAAUUGAUGAAUUAUUCCCCUUUGAUUGAAAAAAAAGAAUAGACCAGUGUUGGUGUUCGCUCCCAUGCACUUGUGAGAACCAGAUAGUUGUGUUCACGCCAGGCAAGCUUUUGUUUGUUAUUUAUUAUGCAUAUAGAUUAGAUGUGUACAAUUUGUUAAAUAGUCACCUUUUCUGGUGUUGUUAUUGUUUUCAAUGUCUGUUUUGGAUUAAUGAAAUUGUCUUAUAAAUAUGAAAAAUAAGGAAUGAAUUUGGCUUACAGUUUUCUUUAGGAAGUUAAACAGAAAUAAUGAAAUUAAGUAUUUGAAGGCUGAUAAUGCAUAAGGAAAACUUUAUAAAAAAAAUAUUAGGAUGUAAUCAAAUUUCUUAUGAUCAAAUCAAUAUUAAUGUUUGUAUGCUAUCUGAAAUUCAUAGAUUUAUUUUAUUGCCAUUAAAGCAUCGAUUGAUUAAGAAUGAAAUUAUAAUGUAGUAUCUACAUUGAAAAGUCAUCAUAACAGACAUUUAUGGCUAUUUCUAGAGUUUCUACUGAUAUUUAGAAGGCUUUUGUGUAAACAUGAAUGUAUGAGAUCUUGUAUAAUGUUAAUUUGUAUUGCUAUAUCUUACAUUAAGUGUUUCAUUAAAUUCGUUUAUAGGAAUUAAAGUUUUUGAAGUGGUAAACCUCAAUUGCACCAAUUUUGUUAAAGAAUAAUUUAAGAUAUGCGUAAAAUCCUUGAUGCUGUAUAAGAAUUUAACUUAUAUUUAAAAGGAAGUUAUAUUUUAAAUUAAACAGACACCUUCCACCCCAUUACUGAGACAUUUUGUUAAAGAGCGUGAGACAUUCUUUAUUUACCAGGGUCCAUAUAAAAACUUAUGAACCAUCUUCGUCAAAAUUUUCAACCAACUGAAAAAACGUUUUUUUCCAAGUUGAGGUUAAUGAAUACUAACAAUGUUUUAUACUAAAAAUAUGAAAAUAAGCAAGAAAAAGAUCUAUAUAUAUUAAAAGCAUUUGAAUAAAUUUGUUAAAAAAUAGAGGGUAUUUAAAAUGUUGAACAUGUUCAUUUAAGAGCUUUAUUAAUUUGGCUGCUGGUCUGUAGUUUUAAAAAUCUUAUGCAAUAUUGAAAUAUCAUUGGUUAAUUGUUUUAACAUAUUGUUUAAUAAACCAAUUGUGAAAUACAAGUUUUCAUCUGAUUUAAUAAUUACUUGAAGGGCCGAAAAAGAAUACAUCACUUAAAUUUCAUGAUAAAGCAUUUUUUUCUUUUAUAAAAGUUAUAAUUUAGAGAUAUACAUUUUUUUUUUAUGUUUCAAAACAUUUAAAUUUCUGUAUGUUUACUUUGUAUAAAGUUCUUACAUCUUCAAACCUGUACUUCUACUGCCUUGUUAUACAUAUAUACACGCAUUAUAAAUGUUGUACAGUUAUUAGCUAUGUAUUUUAAAUGCUAUAAUAAAACGUUAAAAUGUAA